GCCGAGAGCCUGGGACACAAACCAGAGCCAGAGCCCUCUGCCUCCCACCCCAGACCCCCCCGAGCCCCGGCCCGGCGGUGGGGGGGUGCGGAGCCAUCGCUCGCCGGCCCCGGCUUCUUCCUCCGCCUGCGCAGCCCCCGGCCAUCGCCCAGCGCCGCCCGUACGGCAGCGGGGCAGCGGCCCUUGUGUCGCUCCGUUCGCCCCGAGCGGGAGAAACCCGGCCGUCCCGCUAGCGGGGGGAUUCGCCAUGGACAACGGGCACGCGAGCAGAUACCGCCUAAGUGCCGCCACGAGCCCACCUCGCUGGGAGAUCGGCAUCUACGCCGCCGGCGCCUUGGCGCUGCUGGGGAUCGCCGCCGUCAACCUCUGGAAGCUCUGGCGCUCCGGCAGCUACCCGGCGCCUUCCCCCUUCCCCAACUACGACUACCGAUACCUGGAGCAAAAGUACGGGGCGGCGUACUCGGACGUCAAGCACAAGCGAGGGCUGGCCCCCGGCUCGCAGAGGGCGCUGGAGAAGACCUCACCCACCCGCAAGAGCAGCCUGCGGGCAGAUGACACCUUCGAGAGCAUUAACGAGCUGGGGAGCCUGGAGCUGAUGAGCAAAGACCUGGGCUUGGCGCCCUACGGCCCCUUGAAGAAAUCCAUCUCGGCCGACUCCCUCAGCUCCAUCUCCUCCAUCGGGAACAACUUUGGGCAGGAUUUCACGGUGGGGCAGGUGGAGGUCUCCAUGGAGUACGACGGGAAGGCGGCCACCUUGCACGUGACGCUGCUGCAGGGCAAGGACCUGCUGGAGAAGGAGGACGCUCGCUUCGAGUCCUGCUUCAUGCGCAUCAGCCUGCUCCCGGCCGAGCAGAUCGUCGGCAUCUCCCGGAUUCAGCGGAGCGCCUACGCCGUGGCCUUCGACGAGCGCUUCUCCAUCCCGCUGGACCCGGCGGCGCUGGAGGAGAACAGCCUGCGCUUCUCCGUCUUCGGCAUCGACGAGGACGAGCGGAACGUCAGCACCGGCGUGGCCGAGCUCAAGCUCUCCGACCUGGACCUGGCCACGCGUCCCUUCAACGCCUGGCUCUACCUGCAGGACAUGAACAAGGUGGUGGACACGGUGGGGGAGAUCCUGCUCUCCCUGAGCUACCUGCCCACGGCCGAGCGCCUGACGGUGGUGGUGGUCAAAGCCAAGAACCUCGUGUGGACCAACGGCAAGGUGACCGCAGAUCCCUUCGUCAAGGUGUACCUGCUGCAGGACGGGAGGAAGAUCAGCAAGAAGAAGACGGCGGUGAAGAGGGACGACACCAACCCCGUGUUCAACGAGGCCAUGAUUUUCUCGGUGCCGGCCAUCGUGCUCCAGGACCUGUCCCUGCGGGUGACGGUGGCCGAGUGCGGCGAGGACGGCCGCGCCGACAACACGGGCCACGUCCUCAUCGGCCCGGCGGCCAGCGGGAUGGGCAUCACGCACUGGAACCAGAUGCUGGCCACGCUGAGGAAGCCCGUCUCCAUGUGGCACCCGCUCCGGCGAAACUAAGCUGCUGGCGGGGGGAGCCCCGGGUCCUGCACCCCGGCACCGGCUCUGCCCCGGGGACGGCCGGCGGCUUGGCCGAGAGCCUCGGCGACACGGCGUCUGCAGCCGGGCAGGGGCUGGGUGAGACUUGGCAGCGCCGAAAAGGCAGAGCCGCUGGUGGCCCUUGGCCGGAGCAUCUUGCUGCCGAAAUAUUCGGAGGACGGCGUGACUCCCGGCUGCGUCUCUCCCCGCCCGGGUCGCCCUCGCAUGCGCUGGGGGCUGCGAACGGACCCACCGAGAAAGGAGCCCUCCCUACAAAUGGACCAAAACCAGCACCAACCUCCCCAAACCGCUGCCCGGCCGCCAGCCGGGCUCCCGAGCAUCCCGCGUGCUCCCCGGUGGCCCCCCGAAAUCGGUGGUGCCCUCGAAGGAGGACCCCGAGGGCUCCCGGGGAGGGGGCGAGUUUCUUCGGAAAGCGGUUUUUGGUCAAACGGGGGCAAAAUGGAGAGGGGGCUGAUAAAGUGCCGGCACGGCGUGGUUUCUCUCG